UCAUCUACAAUGCCGAGAUCAGCGCGUGCGCGAAGGGCGAGCAGUGGCAGCGAGCUCUGGCGCUGCUCAGCGAGAUGUGGAAGACCCAGCUGAAUCCCGACGUCAUCAGCUACAGCGCUGGGCUCAGCGCGUGCACGAAGGGCGAGCAGUGGCGGCGAGCUUUGGCGCUGCUGGGCGAGAUGCGGGAAGCGAAAUUGGAACCCACUGCCAUCAUCUACAACGCUGGGAUCAGCGCGUUCGGGAAAGGCAAGCAGUGGCAGCGGGCUCUGGCGCUGCUCAACGAGAUGCGGGCGGCGAAACUGGAGCCUGAUGUCAUUAGCUACAACGCUGGGGCCAGCGCUUGUGAGCAGGGCGAACAGUGGCUAAAUAUUUUGGCACUAUUUAUACAGAUGCGGGAAGCGAAGUUGGAGCCCGACACUAUCAGCUACAGCGUUGGCCUCAGCCGCGUGCGCGAAGGGCGAGCAGUGGCAGCGGGCUUUGGCGCUGCUCAGCGAGAUGUGGGAGACAGAGCUGAAUCCCGACGUCAUCAGCUACAACGCUGGGCUCCGCGCGUGCGCGACGGACGAGCAGUGGCAGCAGGCUUUGGCGCUGCUCAGGGAGAUGCGGGAGACGAAGCUUGA